AUGCAUGCGUAUACUAGGAAAAAUAUACUCCUCCUGAUAAUUGGAUCUUUGGUGGGAGUAACUUUGAGCUGCAUUUUCAUCAAGAGAAAUAGCAUAUGCGAACAGCUGAAAGGUUCAACUAAGAAAUUGAUAGCACAAUUAAUAGUAAGAGGAUCCAAAAAAAAAAAAAAAAAAAAAAAAAAUGAAUCUAUCAGAGCGAAUAUAACGAAUAUAACAAAUAAUGCAAACGGAGCGAAUGUAAGGAAUUCGACAAAUGAUACUAUCCCAGAAGAAUGCCCAGGUGUAGAUAGUGAAAAUGCAGGAAAAUCCAAAAUUUGUGAAGGGUGCCCCAAUAGAAAAAUUUGUAAUGAUCCAGAAUUAAAAAAAGAAAAAGAAAAAGAGAAAAAUCAAAUUUUUAGUGAAGUGCAAGAAAAUUUAAAAAAUGUCAAAUUCAAAAUUUUGAUCUUGUCAGGUAAAGGUGGAGUAGGAAAAUCAACUAUUGCAGCACAGCUAGCUUUUGCAUUAUCUUAUUUAAAUUAUGAUGUUGGUUUGUUGGACAUUGAUAUAUGUGGUCCUUCUAUACCUGUGUUAACAAAAACGUUAGAUAGUGAUGUAAAUUAUAGUAUGAAUGGAUGGAUACCAAUUUAUAAAAAUAAUUUAUCUAUUAUGUCUGUUGGUUAUUUACUACCAAAUUUUGAUGACCCAGUCAUAUGGAGAGGUCCAAAAAAAAAUGGUUUAAUAAAACAAUUUUUAUGUGACGUAUAUUGGAAGAAUUUAGAUUUUUUAAUUAUUGACACCCCUCCAGGGACCAGUGAUGAACAUCUAACCAUAUGUUCUUAUUUAAAAAAUAAUUUAGAUGGAUGUUUAAUAGUUACUACUCCUCAUAUAUUAUCAAUCUGUGAUGUGAAAAAGGAAAUUGAAUUUUGUAAAAAAACAAAUAUAUCUAUAUUAGGUGUUGUAGAAAAUAUGUAUCAAUCCAUUUUUGUAUCCCAAUAUACCGUUGAUAGAAUGUGUUCAGAAAUGCAUGUAGAAUAUGCAGGUAGGAUAACGUUUCAUCAAAAUCUUAUUGAUGCUUGCCAAAAAGGUGUUGGCUGUUGCGAUUUGGAUAUCAGCAGUUCAUCAUCUAAGGAACUUUUUUACUUAUGCAAAUUUUUUGUCGAAAAAAUACUCAAAAAUUAUACCCAUCUGCUAAGCAAUAAUAAUGAAAUAUCGUCCUUACGCUAUACCACAGAAGAAGCUGAUUCUAACCUUAUACAUGAACACGUGGAAGAACAGAAGGAAAAGGAAACACAUGAAAGCCUCAUAGAGGCAGAUGCAUCAAACAGUUCGAGUCCUUUAAAUGUAAAUUUGUUAUAUGCGCAAACGUUGAGCAAAUUGUUAACUCAAAUUGAUCAAGUCAUUGCGGAAAAGGAAAAGUAA